GGCGGGGCAUGUCGCCGUGGAGAACGGAGGCGCGCUGUCCGGAGCGGUUUGUGGAUCCGGCGAGGGGGCGUGGCCGGUGAUGACACUUCCGGUUGAAGAUGGCGCAGUCCACGCCGCUGCUGGCAGUUCGAGGCUCAGAAGGAAUCUAUAUGCUCAACGGCCCUCCGACUUAUACAGAAAAUAGCUCUUUCACAAGAGAAGACAGCAAAAAUUGCAAAGGCUUCACUUUCAGCAAUGAUGGUUCCCUGUUUGCUUGGUGUAAUGGUGAAAAUGUAAAUAUUGUGAAUACCCGAGACAGUCGGUUAUUACACACACUUGACCUACCUAGAGUGACUUUGCUGGAAUUCUCUCCUCAAAGCAAUAUCUUGACAACGUGGCAACCUUACAUGACAACCAAAAAUAAUCCACAAGGAGAACCAAACCUGCAGAUUUGGGAUCUUCGGACUGGUCAAUGCCUCAAGUCAUUCUACCAAAAGAAAAUGCAAGGCUGGUGCCCCUGUUGGUCAGAUGAUGAAAGUAUUUGUGCUCGAAAUGUAAACAAUGAAGUGCAGUUUUUUGAGGGCAAUGACUUUGGUAAAAUAGCAAACAAACUCCAUUUGCAGAAGGUGGCAGAUUUUGCUUUGUCACCAGGACCUCAGCCCUGCAAGGUUGCAGUUUAUGUGCCUGGAUCCAAGGGUGCGCCGUCAUUUGUUCGAUUGUAUCAGUACCCAAAAUUCGAAGGUCCUGCCUCUGCCUUGGCAAAUAAAAGCUUUUUUAAGGCUGACAAAGUGACAAUGCUUUGGAAUAAGAAAGGAACUGCUGUAUUGGUAAUAGCCAGCACAGAUGUCGACAAGUCUGGAGCAUCAUAUUAUGGUGAACAAACCCUGCACUAUAUAGCAUCGAAUGGAGAAAGUGCAUUAGUGCAGCUGCCGAAAAAUGGCCCAAUUUAUGAUGUAGUCUGGAAUCCAAACUCACUUGAAUUUUGCGCUGUGUAUGGUUUCAUGCCUGCCAAAGCUACAGUCUUCAACCAUAAGUGUGACCCAGUCUUUGAUUUUGGCACUGGGCCUCGGAAUGCGGCCUUCUACAGCCCUCAGGGACACAUUCUCGUGCUAGCGGGCUUUGGAAACCUCCGAGGACAGAUGGAAGUCUGGGACGUAAAAAAAUACAAGCAAAUUUCUAAGCCCCAAGCUGCUGAUACAACCGUCUUCUCAUGGUGCCCAGAUGGAGAGCACAUUGUAACAGCAACCUGCUCACCAAGACUACGGGUUAGCAAUGGCUACAAGAUCUGGCACUACAGUGGCGCAGUCCGUCAUAAAGUUGAAGUGCCAGCAAACUCUGAGCUCUGGGAAGUACAAUGGCAGCCUUUUGUAGAUGGGGCUUUCCCGGAGAAACCCAUCAAAUAUCAGACCGUUCCUAAUGAUGUCCCGAGUAUUGAUGUCAAACCUGCACAAGCUUACAGACCCCCCGCAUUGAGAAACAAGCCAAUAACAAGCUCAAAACUGCAUGAGGAGGAGCCACCUCAGAACAUGAAACCACAAACUGCAGAUAAGCAACUUUCAAAAGCUGCUCUUAAAAAUCAAAAGAAACGAGAGGCUCGGAAGGCAGCAAAACAGGAGAGCAAGUCAGACAUUACACAUGAAGCACCAUCUGACCCAGAACCUAGAGCUGUACAGUGUUCUGAGGGGCACGGUGACCCAGAAGUCGAUAAGAAAAUUAAGAACAUCAAAAAAAAACUUAAAGCAAUUGAACAACUAAAAGAACAAGAAGCAUCUGGCAAGCAACUAGAAAAAAACCAGCUGGAGAAAAUACUGAAAGAAGAUGCUCUUUUGAAGGAGCUUGAAGACCUGGAAUUGGGCCUGUAAAUAUACCAAGAUGAUCACAAUACCUGGUUUCAUUUGUUAUUGGAAAAUUAUUUUCAUUGUGAAUUUAUGUGAUUGAAAUCCAAUACUGUACUAUGCAAUGUAAAAGAUUUGGACAGUGUUAAAAUAAAUGAUGAUACAAGAAUAUAAAAAAAAGUUUAUUGGAAGUAAAAUAUACUACUUUGGUGCGAUAGUCAAAAACUUGUAUUUCAGUUCAAGAAAAGGAACUUUUAAUUUUUUGUACUUUCUUGCAAAUUUAGCACCUCUUAUCAAUUUUACAGCCAAUAAAGUAAUUUUCAGUGUAUCUGUUGUUGAAACAUAGGUGAAUGAGGCAGCCAAUUUGUACACAAAGACCCCACAAACAGCAAUGAAUUGCUGAUCAAAUAAUCUGUUUUGAUUGAAGGUGGAAUG